AUGCCUCGCGUUGUUCUGGUCACAGGUUGCUCUACAGGCGGCAUUGGCUAUGCACUUUGCGAAGAAUUCGCACUUCAAGGGUGCAAAGUGUAUGCCACGUCGAGAAACAUCUCCAAGAUUGCCGAUUUUUCCAAUGAAAAUAUUGAGAAACUUGCUCUGGACGUGAAUAGCGAUGAGAGUAUUACACAAGUGGUUAAACAUAUCCUCGAAGCUGACGGAAAGAUUGAUGUGGUUGUCAACAAUGCCGGGGUCACUUCCCCAGGACCGCUUGUCGAAGUACCCAUCGAACAAGUGAAAGAGGUGUUCGAAACAAAUACCUUUGCGAUCUUGCGUGUCUGUAAGGCAGUCGUGCCGGUAAUGGCGAAACGUGGAUCCGGCACAAUUGUUAACAUUGGAUCUAUUGUUGGAGAGAUAUCGACCCCAUGGUCUGGCAUUUACUGCGCCUCGAAGGCUGCUGUCAAUACCCUUAGCGAAGUCUUGUCUAUGGAAUUGCAGCCACUGAACAUCUCCGUGCUCCACGUGGCCCCUGGGGCAGUCCAGUCGAAUAUUGCCAAUAACGGGGCAAGCCGAUUCAGUCUGGAGCCUGGUUCACUCUAUACCGACUAUAUGUCAGAUAUCCUGAGGCGUAUCUCUUCGAGUCAAGGGCCCAAUAGCAUGCCGAGCCAAGUGUUUGCUCGAAAGGUGGUUGGAAAUGCGCUCCGCAAGUCUCCACCAAGAUACAUGACGUUAGGGGGGAAUGCGACACUGUUCAAAGUGUUCAAAUGGCUUCCUCGGAGCAUUGUCCUGUAUCUCCUAUGGAAAGCGUAUUCGAAGAGAGGGUAA